AUGCUGUGGCUGGCUCUGCUGCUGUCUCUGUGUGCAGCGGGGUUUCUCAAAGAACCACCAAACACUCAGCCCACUGCCACCAACGGGACAGAGGCCAACAGGACAGAGACCAACAGCACGCACGGGGGAGACAACAGCACUGACGGUACAGGAGGAGGAGGAACAGGCGGAGGAGGAACAGGAGAGGGAGGAACAGGCGGAGGAGGAACAGGCGGAGGAGGAACAGGCGGAGGAGUAACAGGCGGAGGAGGAACAGGCGGAGGAGGAACAGGCGGAGGAGGAACAGGCAGAGGAGGAACAGGAGGGGGAGGAACAGGUGGAGGAGGAGGAGGAACCAUGAUGACAACAGCCGCCAUGAUGCCGCAGAAAGGAGGAUCAGGAUCUGGUCUUGGAUCUGGUUCUGGUGUGGUCUCUCUGCUGCUGCUGCUGCUCUCCGCUCUCAUCUUUGAACUGUACAAUUGA